UGUUGACUUUUCCAAUCCUCUACCUAGAUAUCUCACCGGUAAAGCGAACUAUUUAUGCAUAUGUAGUGCAUAUCCUAUAAACACAAUGAGUUCGACGUAAUACUUUGACAAAUCGAUUGCAUUAUAUAGCUUCGUCUUCUCCCGAUAAGGACCAUGCAGGAUAAGACAUGUCGUGUUUAAACGUGAAACCUAUGUCCUCGCUGCAACUUGUCAAAUUUCUCGCCUGAUGUUGACUACUAGACCUCGUCAUAUCGCAGCUCUGCAGGGAGUGCGCCCACAUUUUGGAAGAAGACACGCCUUGCUCUCAACCGUAAACAAUGUCCGAUCCGGCUGAGGCUGGACCCGGAUCCAAAGUUUCGGACCCGCAACACGCCCAGAAACUUCUGCGUGUCCUGCGCUCCUUCUGGCAGGAGAAAUGUUUUCACGACGCCCUGCUGGUCGUCAACGGAGAAGAGCUUCCCGUCCAGAAAAACAUCCUCGCCGCUGCCAGCCCAUAUAUAAGGACCAAGCUGAACUACAAUCCCCCAAAGGAAGAUGGAUCAAUGUACAGAAUAGAGCUCCAGGGAGUCUCCAUGGCCAUCAUGAAACAGAUCCUGGACUACAUUUUCAGUGGUGAAAUUCUUCUGAGUGAAGAGACCAUCCAGGACAUGGUUCAAGCAUCUGACCUGCUUCUCCUGAUUGAUCUCAAGUCCCUCUGCUGUCAGUUCUUGGAGAGCUGCAUCAUAGCGGAAAAUUGCAUCGGCAUCCGCCUCUUCUCCCUGCACUACUCCCUUCACCAUGUCCACUACGCCGCCACCGAAUACUUGCACACACACUUUCGUGACGUGGCGCUUACCGAGGAGUUCCAGGAGCUGCCCAAAGACCAGCUCUGUGAGGUGCUGGCGAUGGAGAAGCUGAAUGUGGGGAAUGAGAAGCACGUGUUGGAGGCAGUGGUGCGUUGGUUUGGUCAUGACCCAGAGGAGCGCAGGGUGCACAUGAAAGAAGUGAUGUCUGCAGUGUGGCAGCAGGGCCUGGAUUUAAGCUACCUAAGAGAACAGGCCAUGGGAGAGCCACUGAUGAGGGAGGUGAUCAGAGAUUACUGCCAGCCAGCGUUAGGAGGCCCUCAGCCACAGGGGGAGGCUCUCUUUGCUGCUUUCAAACCCCGAGGUUACUCUGAGUGCAUUGUUAUUGCAGGGGGAGAAGACCGGAAAAGUAGAAAGCCAACUGCAGUGACACGUUGCAUGUGUCCGCUGUAUGACGCCAACAGACAGGCCUGGAUUGAACUUCAACCAAUGAGCACUGCCCGCCAAGGCCACGGGGUGGUGGCAGCUGAGGGCUAUCUGUUUGUAAUGGGUGGCGUGAAUGAACAGCUGACUGUCCUGGACAGUGGAGAAAGAUAUGACCCUGAGUCAAACACCUGGUGUCCCAUACCACCCAUGAUACAGGCUCGUCAGAACUUUGGUGUGGCGGAGCUGGACGGGAUGAUCUAUGUCCUGGGAGGAGAGAACCAAGAAAUGGAGCUAGUCUCUGUUGAGGUAUAUGACCCUCAUGUCAAGACCUGGAAACCGCAGACAAGCAUGACUAUGGUCCGCAAGAUUGGUUGCUAUGCCACCAUGAACAAAAAGAUCUAUGCAAUGGGUGGAGGUUCCUACGGGAAGUUGUACGACUCCGUGGAAUGCUUUGACCCCAAAACCCAGCAAUGGACUGGCCUAUGUCCACUGAAAGAGAGAAGGUUUGGUUCAGUGGCCUGUGGUGUUGGUCAGGAGCUGUACGUGUUUGGUGGUGUAAGAAGCCAAGAACAUGAUGAUCCUGAGCAACGACACAUGACCACCUGCAAGUCCGAGUUUUACCAUGAUGAGAUGAGGAGGUGGAUGUACCUGGAUGACCAGAGCCUGUGUAUUCAGACAAGCUCAUCCUUUGUCUAUGGAGCAGUGCCUAUCGGAGCAAGCAUCUAUGUAGUUGGAGACCUCGAUACUGGUGCGUCUUUCGAUUACAUCCGCGAGUUUAGACGCAGCACAGGGACAUGGCACCGCACCAGGCCAAUGUUGUCCACCGACCUCUGUAAGACAUCAUGCGGAGUUCUGAGAAUUGCUAACUGCCGACUAUUCCGCUUGCAGCUGCAACAGGGCAUGUUUAGAGUCAGGGUCCUUCUCUCUUAG